AACUUUUCAUUUGCAAACUGAAUUUCUGAUCAUAUACAUGAUACAUACAGCAUUAAACUAACGCUCAUAUUGUACAACAUUACGCCGCAGUGCAGCGCUAAAGUAUGUAAGCUUUGUUGGUAGUUGGUACUUCCGAUAGAAGAUAAGCCUGCAGCAAAUAUAGUGUAGUCUUUCUCUCUUUUCAUCAAUGCUAUGGUCAAAUAUCGUCACGGAGCAAUAUCACGUUGGUUCAGAGAAAUUUUUUGUUCGCGCUAAAUUAGACUUUGUGUAUCAGUGUGUAUCAGUGUGCAUCAGUAUACUUCGUGUGUGUACGAUAAAAAUUUCGUCGAGCAAACCGAUAAUGAGUAUUUCACCUUCGUCUCGAAAAUGCAUUCGGAUGUUUGAUUCGAGUAAAAGGUCUCAGUACAGUUGUAACAGCGGUAUCAUCACUAGGCGAAGGAUCUGAAUACUUCAAGCGCGUGUGAGGAGAUUCGAGUAUGUCAUUUAUGGAAGAAGAAAAUAUUUAUCAUCUACCAAAUGAUGGACACCAUGGCAGAAACAGGGAAUAAAAUUGAUCCCUUGCAAUUAAAUUGUGAAGCUGAAAAUUGUGUAGAAGUUUCAACAGAUUCUCAGAAAUCAGAUACAUCUCACAGUGAUAUCAUUCAUAUUGAUCCUAGUGAUGAUAUUAUACCAGGUGGGGUUUCACAGAUUAAUCUCGAAGAGCGUGAUCCACUAAAGUCAGACACUUCUGACAGCAGCGAUGAUUGCAAAACCAUUUUUUACAACAUAGGAGAAAAAAUUAGAAUAAGAAAUAUUUCAUCUGACGUCGAUAUCGUUAGCUUCAGUCCAGUCAAAACAAAAAAUAUAUGUUCAAUAGCAAUCAAUCAUCAAAGAGAAAUAAUUCAUCAUAGUUCACUUGAAAACAAUCAUAACGUUGAUGAGUUUGAAAUUUUCCAAUCAAAACUUGGUGCUGAUGAUAUAGUUAGUUCACCACAUCAAGAACUAACCGAUGAAGAAGAGUUUCCUGAAGUUUAUGAAAUUGAACCACCUGAUCCACCUCAACUCAAGCGUAAGCCGAUUAGUGGAGAAAAUGAUGAAAUUGAUGGACACGAAGGAGUCAUACCUCACAAAAAAAUUUGUGCAAACCACAAUUCAGGGAUAAGCGACAUACCCACAGAACUUCUUAGUUCUAAAAAAUCCAUUGAUCAUAAUAAUGGUACUGGAAUUGAUUCAUUAUGUUCCAAAAAAAAGAAAAAAACAUCAAGUGAUUAUCCUGUGGUAGAAGAAAGAUUAACUCGAGGAAAAGCACGAGCUGCCAAUCAAAUCAUCCAAAAUCUCAACCAAGCAGAUGAAAUAACGAGUCUUGCUUCAUCGAUUGUGAAAAUUCCUGUAGUAAAAAAUGGAAAUUCUACUACCUUAAGCUCUGUUAAAAUUGACGAGGAAACUGCAUUUGUUUCAAACACAUGUGCUUUUGAUAGUUUAUUGCAAAUAUUACUAACAGCAUCUUACGAUUAUGAGCCCAUCCUUGUGCAAGUCGAUAGCCUUGCUGAAAAGACAGAUGUAUUUAAAGUUAUUCAAUAUAUUAUGAAAAAAGGAGUUAAUAGCUACAUGUAUAAUAUGAGAGCACAAAUUUUGAAAAAGCAUUUUGAAAUGCAGGAUAACCCUGAAGCUGAAAAUGAAAAGCUAUUGGAUUGUUUAUGUAACAUUGGGUCUAUGACUAAAAAAUUAUUUGAAUGUGUUCCUAGCUUUACAGAGAUUUCAAAAUGUCAAUUUGGUUGUCCACCUAGAAUAAAAAAAUUCACUGUAUAUCCAAUUGAAGUAUCCAAUUUGAUGGCUCCUCAAGGUAAAUACGUUAUUGAUGAUUUUGUUAAUAUUUGUCAGCACACCAUGUGUACAAGAAAGGGUUGCAGUGGAAUUGAAGAAACAAUACUUAAUAUUGGUAAUAUAGUUAUGCUAGAUAUUCCUAUCAAUACACACAAGAGGAAAGUACAAAUAAAGAAACUUGCCACUGAAUUAGAUAUCCCAAAGAAUGAUAUUCAAUGCCUUAAAUUAUUAGGUUUUGUUGAUAUGGACGUAAAACAAAAGCAUUAUACUGCUGUAGUUUAUAGAGAUGUUGAGCAAAAAUGGAGUCGAUUCGACGACAUUAUUGGAAAAGUACAGUAUAUACCUGAUGAUACCCCAGUAAGGCCAGCUUUACUGGUAUUUAUUAAAGUCGAUAGAUAAUAUACGACCAAUUUUAAUUUUUAACGAAGAAUUUAAAAUGUUGUAAAUAAUCCAAAAUUUGUAUAUCUUAUGUACAUAAAUCGCAAAAAAUACGAGUGUUGAUUAUUAAUACAGGUAUGAUUUAUGUAAAUUGCAGUAUUAUAAACUUAAAACUGUUUAUGAACUGAUUAAUUAUUGUUAUUAACUAUAUUUAAAUACUUUUUAUAUUCACAAAUAGAUUUAUUACUUUGAUACAGUCUAUAUAAUUAAAAGUCUGUUACCUGAUAUUAUAUAAAUAUACUAAAAAGUAUGUCAGGAAAAUCAGUUUAACUUUUUGGCAAUUAAAUGUGAUAAACCUUUUCUAUAUUCCAAACGAAAAAUUUAAUUUCAUGUUUGGAGUAUGAAAAGUAAGGUAUGCCAAGUUAAAGCAAAAAAUGAGACAUUUUAAGACCAAGUUUAUGUGUUUUUCUCUGCAAUUGCCAUCUUUAUUAAAUUAAAUGAUUUAAAUAAAGUAUUUCUAAUGAAAAAUGUUUAAGAGUCGUGCAAUUUUAAAUAUGACUUUAAUUAGCUAGAGAGUAAUGUACUGACUUGUGCAAGGUUCAAAUUAUUUAUAUAUAUUAAAUAAAUAAAUGAUGUGGAUUUAA